AUGCAGACUCGAACGCGCAAGGAAGCUCAAUUUGACGAGUUUGAAGCCCAGCUCCCCGACCCCAAACACCCAGCCUUCAAGACCACGACGUCCAAGGGCGAUGUGGGCAUUAUUGGCGGUCUCAUUCGCGCUAUUGGCGAUCUCAACCCUCUGGGGAAGAAUGUCACCAAGGAUGACGUGGUCUGGCUGCUGGACAACACGGCGUUCCGAACGUCGAGGCUGAAGAGCUGGCAGGCCGAGUACGUCGCUGCCGUCUUCGAGAUGGACCCUCACUGCAAAGUCACCGACAUUGUCUCUCGGAUCGCCGAGCAACUGGGGCUCGCCGACGACGCCGCAGAGAGAAAGACCAUUGCGGAGAGGAUCCUGCCGUUUCUCUGGGACAUUCGCAUGGUGCGCAUCGUCAAGGUCCGCACGGAGGGCAAGGAUCUUAAGAUGACGCCCACCAACGUCAACGGCAUCUCGACGCAGGUCAUGAAGAUCCCCAGCGCCGACAAGGGCACCAUUGUGAAGAGUAGGGCCGUGGUGCCCCAAGGCGUCUCGGGCAUCCUGGAGGCGAACACGGUGUACGCCGGCACCAAGGGCUGGGCCAUCCUCUCGGACAUUGACGACACCAUCAAGAUCACCAUGACGAGCAGCCCGACCGGCAUUGUCCAGAAGACGUUUGUCGACGAGCCGACGCCUGUGCCUGGUAUGCCCGAGCUGUAUGCCCAGGUGAAGGCGUCUCUGCCCGAGGACACGCCUUGGUUCUACCUGUCGGCGUCGCCCUACAACCUGUACCCGUUCCUCAAGGAGUUCCGCGACAAGUACUACCCGCCCGGCACUAUGAUUUUGCGCGACUUCUCGUGGAAGACCGUCGCGGGACUGCUGUCCGCCCUGACAAUGGGGACAGAGCAGUACAAGACCGACCGCAUGAAGAAGAUCAACUCCUGGCUCCCCGAGCGGAAGAUGAUUGUCAUUGGCGACUCGACGCAGUCGGACCCAGAGGCGUAUGGCGAGAUCUACCGCACCGUGCCCGGCUGGAUCGAGCUCAUCCUCAUUCGCAAGGUGGAGGACGUGUCUGCCAUCGGCAUCGCAGACAAGAACCACCCCGAUCGAUUCGAGAAGGCAUUCGAAGGUAUCCCCAAGGAGGCGUGGCACGUUUUCACUGAACCCUCCGAGUGCUCGAGAUUGAUCCAAGAUGUCGUGGGCAAGCACUCGUGA